CUAAAGCCUUUACACAACAGAUUGUUCGUUUUUGAUUUAUCAACUUUAAGAACUCAUUAUCAGACAUUAUAAACAGAUUGCAAUCCAAAUGUGUUAUUAGUUGUAGCAAGCCAUGUACUGAUUGAUAUAUUGGCUGAUUUAAAAGCCAAGUCUCCCGUGAUCAGUCAAUAUAUCUCCAAAAUCUUUUAAACUUCCUAGUUGUAUGAGGUCUGUAUAAUUGUUCCUUGCUGUUCGAUCAUCUUUAUUUGUGAAAGAGGUAACAUAUAGACUUGGAGUUUUGGUGCUUUCAGUUUCAAAAGAAAAGCAAACAUGAAUUCGUUUAUUCAAGAGGACCUUUUUACGCGUGAAAACCAACUUAAGAACAAUUCGGAUCCCAGAGUGCUUACCGAGUUCUAUCAGCCGGUUCUGGAGUCUCUUGAUGUCAUUAACAGUGCUCUGGAUACUUUGGCUCUAGAGGGAGAUGGAAGGGACCGGGAAAGAGAACAAGUGCAACAGGUGAUUGAGGAACAAGUAACACAGGGCAUACAGACUGUGUCCCUGUGGACGGAGUGUGCAGAUGAGAGUGUCAGGGAAGGAGGGCUGUCCCAGUGGGCGAAUACGACAGCCUUUGGAGAUGAAAACAAAAAGGUAACGACUGCUGUAGAUGAUAUUAUUAGAAAAACGGAGCAGGAUAAAUCCGGUUUUCUGAACCCAUUGAAGAGCAGUGUCACCAUGGUAACAAAGAAAAUUAACUUAAUGAUGGACAUAGCUGUGGAAAGUUCAAAACAAAACCUGAUUAGAAUAGAUCUUGAUGGACGUGUAACGGAGUCUGUUUUAAAAACAAUAAGCACUCGUUCAUGGGGAUAUCAAGAGCGGGUGGAGAAUUUGCCAUCGCUAGAGACUUUCCAAACAAUGGAAACUAAUAUAUACUGGUUUGAAAGCAACAAUAAUGGACAAACAAAAAGAUGCUGUGUCACGCUGGGUGGGGGACAAAAAAUAACUUUUUAUGUUGCAAGCAAAGCUGUAAAACACAUAGCAGACAUGGUGCUUCAAGCAAAGGUACUCUAUGAUGGAAAAUGGAGCAUCUCCGAAACUCAAUGUCAGGGUGAGUACGUCGUGUUUCGAUUAGAAAAAGUGGAGGCAUUUUUCAUCCUUGGAACACCUAGAGAAAGAGACUUCAAUGUGGAACCCAGCGGUAGUCAAUACAUCCACAGAACAGACAGGCGUGUUCGAUUGAACAUACCAGAAGGGGCUGUAAAAGAAAGAGAAAACUUUAAGAUCACGGUGUUCCCAGUAAAAGUGGAAGAAAUGAAAAAGAGAAGAAUCAUGUUUCCAGACCAAUAUCAGUUUCUCUCUGUCACAAAGGGAAUACACGUAGAGGCAAAAGUACUCAGCAGGGAAGUUGAAGUUCAUCUACCAAUGGAAAAGCUUGAUGAGGCCGAAGAAACAGACGUUGACUCACUAGAUAUGGAAUACGUGUAUUUCCACAUAAAUGGUGACAAAGUGACUCAGCUGAAAAACCAGCGCAUAGAAAGAAGAGGGGACACGAUUAUUACAAAUGUGGACAAAUUCAGCACGUACAUAGGUGCAAGGGUUAGGCGUGGUAGUGUAGACAGCAUAAGUAGCAUGGAGGUCCUCAUUUCACUUGGAUUUAUUUAUCACUGUAAGCUCAUCACUUUUCUAAAGAAAGUCUCUGAGGAAUAUGUCCAAAUCUGGUGUGAACUUGUCAAAAAGGAGGACUGGAAAUCUCUAGAACAGAAGCGAUUGGAGGAGCAUACCAGUUUAAGGAAACUCAAAGAUUCUGAUUCAAAGGAUAUCUUUAUAGCGGAGCGUCAACGACUUAGAGUUAAUGUGACCGGGAACUCCGUCGUUGGGCCAGAGGUUCCGAAAAAUUCGCUUCUUAUAACAUUCUUUCCAAUAGCGGAAGAUAAUCAUAUUUUUCCUCCUCUUCGAAAAAAAGGUGGUAUGCAUGGUGUAGCUUUUUCUUCCAUCAUCUAUAGUAUGGAUUCCGGGAGAAAGAUGGUAUUACACACCGUAACAUUUGAUCCAUGGAAUUUACCAAAAACGAUUCGAAAAGAUCCACAAAUACCUCAAAUAGCGUCAACCAAACCUUCAAAGUCAAUACAAGAAAAAACAAAGACCAAGGAAAGUGUAACUAUAAAAGCCAAACCCAAUGACCGUAAUUUGAAUCAGGGUUCGAAUACCCAAAAAAGUCAAUCAAACGUAAACGUUCCCUCUGGGUCUGAGGCUUCACGUGCACAGGUGGCCAUUCCACCGGGUCAGCGGGUGUCUUCUCAAAGGAAAAAUCAAGACUAUUACCUGCAACAUUUUGAAGAGUUUUUGGAAGACUUUAGUAUCGCAUUUGUUAAAGAUAAAUGUCAGAGAAAUGGAAUUGACAGUUUGGAGAUUUUCCUGUUGUUGGGAAAGGAAGAUCUAAUGAAUGUUUUAGGCUUAGUGUUGGGAGACAGUUUGAAAUGCAUACAGGCCCAAAAGAAAUAUCGUGAAUUAGACAAGUGAAAAUAUUAAUAGAUUUAUCAAACUUAAUAUAGGAGUAAUAACCAA